UAAGCUGUGGUAUUGUCUAAGGAAUAGUAACCUUGUAUACCUGAGCAUCUCACCUGUCUGACCUUAAAUCGUCACUAGACAGCUCGAUGACUUGAGAGACACAUAUCUAAACAAACAGUGACAACGACAGUUUGACAACAAAAACGGCGACGAUUUAGUAGUUAGGUUGGCGUGCCUCUGUAUGUGGAUCUAUACACUCCACUGAACAAAACAGGCCAAUAAGGAGGGUGAGGUGCGGACUCUGGGGAUCAUAGCGAUCACAGGUUCUGUACAGGUACUCCGGGAUCAGACCUGUUAUAUACAGGUGUACAGGAUUACAGUACUCCUAUCGGUACUCGGAUAGGUACUCCGCGAUCACUGUGAUAUACCCUCUACUACCUGUAGGGUGUUUUAUACAAGUGUAAGUGAACCACUACACACUUCUCCUGGGUGGAGCAAGGCUGGUGUAAUUCGAAGAACGGAUAAAAACAAAGUACAUAUGGACUAUUUCCUAGUAACAGGACUCGAGGAGAUUUACUCGGUGGUGUAGGAGGACAGUGGUGAAGGUGGUAUUCUAUGUGUAAAUGGGCUGCAUUAAUAGAACAGUGUUAUUGUCAGGACGACUAGCUUGUGUUGUAAUUAGGAGUUACGUUGUAAAAUUUCAUUAAGUCGUGUAGUAAGAGGAUUCUCGGGCUCCAGGCUCAGGAAGGAAAAUUAAGCGAGGACACUAGACAUCAGACGAGGUUUGUAAAAAUAUUAGAAAGUACCGCAAAAAUAUUGACCUGAAAUGUUCUUAUAUAGUAAGUUAGUGUGUAUUAUAGUAUAGCUAUGGAGGUUCUUUAAUUCUGUUCAGUAUAUAUUCACUCUUUGGAGAUUCUUGUUGAUAAACAAGCAGAUAUAAUUAUCCUAGUCCAACGUUUCCGUGGAUAAAUCCAUACAAGUAUUUACAAACCGUACUUGGGUAUCUGUGACUACCGAUGCCUGAUGCCUGCCUAGUGAAUCCCUCGGCAGUGGAGUAUUGGAGUGUACCCUACCACACAACAAACGAUUCCACAACAGCCACGUGAGAGCUUGGAGUAGUCAGGAUACAUCUGUCCUCUCCUCUCUCUAUCCCCAGUCUCCCAGCAUCUUGGGUUGCGGAAAGGAAAACUCCACCAAUACGGAGAGUUUGGACGAGAUUCCAGUGGAGUAGUUCAAUAGCAUCAUUGGACCGGGAAAUUGUACAGAGUACGUCCCGCCCAUGGUACAACAACACUCAGACUCUCAUUCAUGUAAUGCAGGAACACAAAGUUUACUUAUAAUGUGGUAACACGGUUUUCUGUGAGGAGUUCCUAAACACUACAUAUAUCUUGGAGUUGAUCAUAUUAUGUGUGCUAAGAUGCAGGAGCCAAAUUACUACUUCUGUCAGAGCUCAGCACUUCAAGCUACUACCCAAGGGAAGGAACGGCACCCCUUCAUGGCCACCGCCAUCCCCGGGCCCGGGCCAGCGGGGCAGGGUCUGGGUGGGGUACCAUCUUACAUGGACUAUGAGUGUUAUGAUUACAAGCCGUCAUCUGACUCAGAGUAUUACGGAGCUGUUGGCGGGGACCAAAACAAACGUGAACAGAAGCGGCGACCGAAACCCAAGGAUGGUUCCCAACUUGUCUGUGGUGUGUGCGGCGACAAGGCGCUGGGAUACAAUUUUGACGCCAUUACUUGUGAAUCAUGUAAGGCUUUCUUUAGGAGGAACGCACUCAAAUCAAAGAUGUUGCCUGGGAUGGGAACAGGUAGCAGUGCGGGCCUUGGGACUAAUGUAUUUACAUGUAGUUUUGAUGGCAACUGUAAGUUAGAUACACACACAAGAAAAUUCUGCUCAGGAUGCCGACUGAAGAAAUGUUUUGAUAUAGGCAUGAAGAAGGACUGGAUAUUAAGUGAAGACCAACUCGCUAAACGACGGCAAAAACCCAAAGGUCCUGGAGAAGUGAGGACGAAACAACGAAAAACCUCCUUGGACGAAUAUCAAAAUCAAACUUCAAAUAUGGAAGUGACAUCAAACUAUAUGAUGGAAGAUCAAUCGUCAAACAAGAGCAGCGAGGGUUCUUCAUCGCCCUUUAAGUGUGAGAUGGAGGAGGAUAACAAUCCCAUUCCCUUGGAUGAGCAGAUUCAAAAGGAGAUUGAAAACCUGGAGUAUCAGUACAAACUAGUAUUCGACACGCCCUACUCGGACGACCAGAUCGACAAACUCACGACCAGUCCUAAAUCCCCCAAUGACCUCUUCAAUAUGACAGACUUAUUUGUGCGCAGGUUAAUUCGUUUUGCUAAACAUAUUCCAGAGUUCAAAACCCUAGCACAGGAAGACCAAAUUCAUUUACUCAAGGGUGGAAUCAUGGAAAUUAUGGUUUUGCGUUCAGCAAUGGGAUUCGAUAGCUCACAAAUGGGCUGGAAGGUCAAAGGUCAAUCGAUGGGAGAAAAAACAAUAGGACCCCAGAUGAUCCAGAACACGUUGGGUAACGGCAUGUACAUCGAACAUAUUAAGUUUGUCAUGUCUCUUAACCAACUCACUCAAGCCAACAAAACCAUCAUGACCUUGCUCUUUGUUAUUGAACUAUUUUCGUCUGAUCGGCCAAAUGUAAAGAACAAGGAGUUAGUGUCUCAAGGCCAGGAAAAGUUUUCCACCUGGCUAAAGGCUUACCUAGAAUCUUUACAUCCACUCACAGAAGCUCGAUCUCUUUAUCCAAAGUUGCUGAUGAAACUCCUGGAUGUACGAAGUUUGGGUGAAUCAAGUGCACAAAUGGCGGCCCAUUUGGAUAUCACACGACUAGAGCCGUUGUUAGUGGAAGUUUUCAGUUUACAGAAAUGACCAUGUUGACUCACAAUUAUACACUAACAUUGCAGGGACUUAAACCAUACCAAUCAUUAAUGUACAUGUCUCACAUGGUGACGGGCCCACUGGACCAUACUCGAUGCCAUGGACAAAAAAUGUCCUUAAAACUACAGUGGACUAGUCAGUAAGUUCCCAUAGCUGACGCCACAGCUAGUAACCUUGUGCUAUUCAAUGGACAAUAUAGUGCUACAUUUGUGCUAUUAAACAACAAUAGUGCUACACUUGAGCUAUUCGGUUUAGUGCUAGUAGUCGACAGUGGAUGUCCGCUAUAGUCAUCAUUUCUGUGCAUCGGCCAGGAAUCCUUGCUAUAUACCCACUACACAUCCCGUGCCCACCAAACCUUCACCCGAUAUGUACCAACUGAAAUCAGACGGCAGCUUAUUUUGUGAUUUUAAGGUACGACCUUUCAUAGGAGCUGGAUUUUAUGUCACAAUGACCUAGUUAUCUCCCCUUACAGCAGGUGUCGGAGGUCAGUCUAUCAACACCAAGGUCAAGAUGAUUCCAAGGUCAUGUAUACUGCCAUCAGCCAAGACAACAGUACUGCCACUCAGUAUAUCAAUCUGUUUAGUUACAUACUUCCAUGAUGUGAUCAUGUGACCUUGAACACUCAUCUUGGAGAAUUAUUUGACUUUUGCUGCCAAACUUAUGAGGUUUUUUUAUGGGUGACUUUAAAACGGACCAAACGGACAGGAGUGUAAAACUGGACAAACUUAUGUGAUAUCAGAACCGGGAUAUAUCAGACUGACCUGUGAUCGUUAGGACUGCGGAGGAUUUAUAAUGGAAGGUUUUCUACCUCUACACAAAUAUAGAUAUUUAUUGUGAGAGAUAAAAUCUUUGCUUUCUUUAAGUGACAAAGGAUUAUGAAAUGUGAUGCCACUAAAGAUAUAUGUAUUAUGGAGUAAACGAAGAAUGAAUGGAAAAACAGUGUUGACAAAUGGCCGCCUUUGCCUGGUCGUUCCCCUGGCCAAAGGUGGCAGGAUUAUUAAUUGAUGGUAACUUCUCUUGGGUCCAGUGUGAUGUGAAUGAUCUCCCUUGGUUUGACAACGAAACUGUGGUUAUGAAGACAACUGGAUUACCACUCUAAUAAAAAGUGGACUGCCCAUUACUUCUUUUCUCUAAUGAAACUAUGUGGACUUCAGGAUGACCAGAGCUGAUCGCUCCAUUUGACCUCUAACAUAUACAUGUAGUAAUCACCAUACGUUGGGCUGGUGUGUUUGUGUCCAAUGUUGCUGGUAUCUUUAUUCUGCCCUGUUGCUAAGUGAUCAUGUGAUCAUCACCUCAUGGUGACUGUUUUGACAACGUUUACAGGGUAAAUCUGAAGAGACUUCCGCUUAUUGUCACUGAUAUCUAUGAGUAGUCACAUGAUAGUCACAUGACGGUCACAUGAUAGUCACAUGAUGGAUGUGUCACCUCAGCUGUGCAUACAAAAUUGUAAAUCACUGUCAUAGCUUAUAUACUGAACUCAUGUACUUUAAUUUUGUUAAAUGUCCCCCUCCGCACUGAAGUAAUGAAUGCAGGUUGUACACUUGUCUGUCCGUCCGUCCGUCUGUCUGUGUCAAAAUCUUGUUUAGGCGACCUCUCCUACAGUUUUCAUCCAAAUUUUUCAAACUUUGUGGAUGUUGUCAUCCAACUCUGAAGUAGUGCAAUUUUGCUGACCGUUUUGUUUUGAUCUGCUAUUUGUCUCCUUUUUGUAUCUAUAAAAAGUUUUUGGGCCAUUGGGGCAGAGUGGGAGUCAGGGUUGAUUGGUUAGCUGGGGGGUAUAUAGACAACAAUCCUGGUGU